AUGAGUGAAGAAGAAGAUUUUAAUGCGAUUCCGGUGAUGGACCGAAUGGUCCACAAGAACUGGAAAGCGCGACAAUCAGCUUAUGAAGAGUUGAAGGACAAGUUCACGACAUCUCCAAGCGAAGCGGACCCCAUUUUCGCGCCUUUCCUCGACAACCCUGGGCUGUACAAGAAGAUUGUCGGUGACACGAACGUGGUUGCUCAGGAUCAAGGUAUUCAAUCUUUGGCAGCCUUCCUUCAGUUUGGAGGUACCCAGGCUUGUUUGAGAACACGGUCUGUAGUGGUUCCUAUUCUUGCUGAAAAGGGACUAGCUUCCGCACGAGCAGGCACAAAAACUUCUUCUACAGAAUCCCUGUUAUGGUACAUUGAACUGGACGUCCCUGAUCCUGUUGUGGAGGAUGUUGUUGCUUUGUUGGGCCAUAGAACACCCAAGGUGAUCGCUGCCAACCUGAAGUGUUUGGUGGACAUGGUCGCAGCAUUUGGAAAGACAAUCGACCCUAAGCCCGUGUUCAAGGCUCUUCCUAAGCUGCUUACUCAUGCAGACAAGAAUGUGCGAGCAGAGGCGAUGAACUUCAUUGUUGAGGUUCAAAAGUGGCAUGGUCAGCCUCUGAUGGACGCAAUUUUGCCCAGCUGGAACCUCAAACCUGUACAGCAGAAGGAACUCGAUGAGAAGUUUGCUGCUAACGCAGCUGCUGGAAAACCUACCCAAGCUCGACUUCUCAGAUCUCAACAACAGGUGCUUUCUACAGCUUCGGCCAACGGAAUCGAGUCCGACGAGAUGGAUGUGGACAAUGGGGGUGAUGAGGAGGAUUCGGACCCUCUGGCUCUGGUGGAAGCCAAGGAUGUGCUGUCUCAGGUUCCAGCAAACUUUUACACAGAAGUUACAUCAGCCAAGUGGAAGGAACGAAAGGAGGGGUUGGAGGCAGUUCUACCUGUACUUCAGAGCGGAGGCCCCAAAUUACAGGAGGGAGACUACGGAGAACUUCUCAGAGCUAUGGCUAAGGUGGUUCACAAGGAUGCCAACGUGCAAUGUGUGCAGGUGGCUGCUCAGUGUAUCGAGACAGUGGCGAAUGGGUUGCCCGGUAACGCGUUUGCACGAUACCGAUUCACUCUCCAAGCUGUUCUGGAGCGAACGAAGGAGAAAAAAGCUUCUGUGGCUGAAGCACUGGGCAAAGCUCUCGAUGCUAUUGCUUGCAAGCUCCCCUUUGGCGAGGUGGUGGAAGAUACAUUGCCGUUCGUGUCCCAUAAGACUCCCCAGGUGCGGAUUGAGUCUCUGAACUUCAUUCUGCGUCUUUUGUCGACUAUCAAGGAGUAUCCUAGUGACCAGGACUUGGAUCAUGUGAUCAAGGCGGUUCUGAAGACACUUUCUGAUACCCAGGCUCCUGUCCGAGAGAUUUCCAUGCAGGUUCUUGGUACUGCUCGAAAGCUGAUUGGAGAACGGGCCUUUGAGCAGCAUUUCAAGGGCGUUGACGAUAUCCGAAAGACGAAAAUCGUCGAGUACUACGAUAAGGCAACAGUGGUGGCUAGGCCCAAGGCCAAGCCUACCCCAAAGCCUGCUACUCGCGCUCCUCCUCCUUCUGCCUCUGCUUCUGCAUCUAACAAACGUCCUUCUGUGGCUACUCCUGGUCAACGGAAACUGGUUCGACCCGGUGGAGGUGUUAUUCGAAAGCCCUUUACUGGAUCCAAUGCCGGUCCUUCUUCUGGAUUUGGAUCUACCGACAGCAAGCCAGUUCAGUCAUCUGGAUAUGGUCAGUCUUCAGGAUACGGCCAAUCUCGAACUGGGUUGAUGAAGCAACCUCUCAAGAAGAUUCCUGCAAGCCCGAGUAUCGACUCUUUCGGACCAGCAGCUUCCUCAGCAGAUAUUGAGGAACUAGAGGAGCUGAGAGCCGCUAAGGAAACUUGGAUCAAGGAGAAGGAGACAUUGAUGGCUGCUUUUGAGGCCGAAAAGCAAAAGUUUGCAGCUGAGAAGCAGAGAUUGCUUGACGAGAUCAACUCUCUGCAACAUUCCAAGGCAGACAUUCUAGAACAACACACCAAAGACGCUGUUUCGUUCAAGAGCAAAGAGACACAGUUCUCCCGGAUGCAGGGGGAUUUGCAGGCUGCUUACAAGCGGAUUUCUGAGCUGGAAACUGCUGCUUCUGCUUCUCAGGCUGUGAAGCAAGAACCCCGAGAGAUGUCACCCUCUGUUGACGCUGAGGCAUCGUUCAGAGAGCUGUCGUUGGGUGGGGAAGGAGGAGGGAGUGAGAGAGUUGGAGGAGACAGACGAAUAUCACGUGACUUAAGCGGAGGAAACAACUUUAAUGCGGGAAGCAACGGCACGCGUGAAUUCAGGCCUGGUCAUGGAGGUAACAGCGGCUCACGUGACUUUGGUGUCGGUAACCGGGGCUCUCGGGACUUCGGUGUUGGGAACGGAUCACGUGACUACUUGGGAGGAAACGGACAUGACUACGGUACACGUGAGUCGGCGGUGUCACGUGCCCUAUCUCCUGACAGACGGGAUUCAUAUAGACCUCAGGCUCAGGAGUCGUGGCAGCGUGCUGCAGAGGUUACUAAUCAGUUGAAGGCUCGAAUCGAGGCCAUGAAGGCGAGACAGAAGAUGUACUAG